AUGAUCGCGAUUCAUUAUACGGCACUUUCACCUGUCUUCGAACUGAACGUCUUUCACUCACCAGAGGCUCUGAUGGAAUAUGAUUACUUCUCGAUCGAGUCCAUCCUCGCCGAAAACCAGAAACUUCAGUGUACCUUCAAAUAUGAUAUUCCGGACAUGGGUCAUCUAGGCGGAGGGAACGAGCGGGACAUCAAAAUGCUCAGUAAACGCCAAAUACCGCUUUGGCUUGCGUACACCAUCAUCUACUCGGACUGGGCCGACUUCAGCAUCCCAACACCGUUUAACGCGAAAGUGCGGAACGCGCUGAAGGCUGAGCCGAGGAGCGUACGGUUAUCGAGUCUCGUUGGCUCAGGAGGGUUGUGGUAUGGCUUCGGUAAAGCCGUCAUGGACAUACUCGACGACGACCAAGCAGAAGAAAUGUCCGACGCAAUGACAAAAGCUUUCCGUGGACGUUUGACAGAAAUCGUCGACCAAGCUCAGCACUUCGCUGCGCUGGGCCCCGUUGGCGGUGGCAGUUCUUCAGGCGACUCUGCGCAACUGUUCCGCGAGGGACUUGAUGGAACUGAAAGGGAACUGUUUGGGCUGGCGCAGGAGAGCACGAAGCGAUCUAAACGGUGGUACGAAGAAAGCAACAAAGGUCGAAGAUAA